UUUUAAGCAUAUAAUAAAAAAAAAAUACUAUUGUUAAAAAGCUUAGAUAAACUCACGAUAAAAUUGCAACUUGCAACAGAGCGAAACGCUUAUGCUAUUGUAACACGCAAUUUAUUACCUACUUUUUACAUAAUUAUCUACUUCUUAUUUUAGCACAUUGAAUGUUACUAAUGUAAAUAGUACAAAAUUAUUUUGCAAACAUAAUAUAAUAUCCCUUGUGAAAAAAAGUUGUCUUUGCGCGUUGCAAUAACACGGCUCUUAAUAUUGCAAAAACAUAAUCACAAUUGCAUGUGUGGUAGUAUCAGCACAUAUCAUGUGCAACAAUGAAUGUUCAUGAUACAUGCGUUAUUAAUUAUUUAAACCUGCAUCUUCGGGAAAAAAGUGAUACUAAAAACAUUUUGAUGUUUCUUUUACAUUGAAUAUUUUUAAUUUAACGGCUUAAGUUUCCUAACACUACCAAAUAUUUUUGAUGUAUUAUUUUUGAAGUCCCAAAGAGAGAGAGAGAGAGAGCGGGAGAGAAAGGGAGCACCCUAUCUGGUUACUCCCAAAUACGGUUCCAUGGUUGCGUUAUCGCGUUCGCAAAGUGGAGGAGAAUCCGCGAAGUGGAGGAACCAACCAAUUGACCGACCGAUCGUCGUCGCAAGACACAGCGCUUUAACACCGUUCUCUGCUCAUGGUACAGGUAAAGAGACGGUGUAAUACUACGGUAGGAGUCAGUUCUGUUAUAGUAGGCCACGAGGCAGCAACUCUCAUGCUCCUGCAGGCCUUGCUCGCGAACAACUCCGCAUACGGCUCCGCUCUCUCUCUCCUCGUUUCUGUUCCGGCGCGCGCGAGGCGCGCAUCGGGUUUCAUCGCACCGUGAAAAAUUGCAUCGCGAGUUUAUGCCGUUUCGAGAAAUCGAUUUCAGGCACGGUGAUUUCGCUAAAAAAAAAAAAAAAGAGCGUCCAAGGAUCAUUAAUGUGCAAAAUCGAUUAACUUUUUUCGCUCGACCUCGAGAUUGGCGCGCGUUUCGGCUGACCCGACAUACGGCAGGAGAACGUGAAACCUGGUUGUUCGGUCACGAGUGAUCGCGUACCUGUGUCGCAAAUAUGUCAGGACGUUAGUAAUAAGAACGAGUUUGCGCAAGCGACGAAUUCGGGAUCCGAGGCUCUUUCGUGGCGGAGAAAGCGGACGUCUGAUCGAGUAUACUCGACGAAUGUACAACGCGACGUAGCUUUUCCUAUUUCUAUUUUAAUUUCUUUUAACCGCAAGAAAGAGGAAGAUAAACAGGAUGAGGAAAUUGUUCCCAUUUUGCGAUUUGAUCUUGUUACAUUAAUUGCACGGUUAUCGGAAAACUAUCACGCAAACUUUCGAAAGAGUUCUUAUCAAUGGGGCGAUCUCUUAAUAUCAAUGUAUUAGAAAAGGCGAAUAAAAAAUUGACCUCGUAAGAAAAAGAGAAAAUUACCCAGAUUGUGAGGAAAACAAGGAUUUAUCGGGAUCUUUUUCCCGCGAAAGAGAUAGAGCAUUUAGUUGUUCCUUGCUGAUCUUUUCGCCGAAUUCAGUAAGAACGCAAACAGAAAGCAAACUUGAUGUCUUCGUAUCAUCCUGAUGCGAUCUACCGUGGCACGAUGGAUUUCUAACUGUCCAUAAUAAUGAUGGACUUUUAAAGAGGUUUCCGGGAUUGUCCAGAGACGUGAGAUGAUCGGCAAACUUCUUCUGACUCUUUGGAUAUUACAAUGGAUCAGUUUUAUCGCGGGACAGUUCGCGUCCUUAGACGACAGCGUGGACGAAAAGAACGACGCGGAAAUUUUUCGCGCAGUCGUCGAAUCAAUGAGGCAAUGGAAGCUUCACAAGAUGCUACAUUACAGGAAGAAGAGAGAAGUGUCUAAGAUAUGUUACGAGGAUGUCGGUUGUUUCGAGGAUACCGGGCCUUUCAGUUAUCUGGAAAUGUUACCGUCACCGCCGAAGGACGUCGGAACCAGAUUCCUUAUAUAUGGAACUAGAAGGGCAAGAUCGAUCCCUAUGGAAGUACCUGCUGAUGAUAUAAAUGACAAUACACAUCGUGCCAUAGAUCCUACUCUACCCACGAUAGUAAUCGUGCAUGGGUUCGGAAGUCAUUGCCAGCACUUGUGGGUAUAUGAUAUGAGAUCAGCGUUAAUGAGCAUUCAAGACUGCAAUAUAGUUUGUGUGGAUUGGGGCCCUGGCAGCGCUGUACCCAAUUAUGUAAGGGCAGCGGCCAAUACGCGACUGGUGGGUCGACAAUUGGCAAAAUUAAUUCGCAACUUGAAUGUGCCGUUGGAAAAAGUGCAUAUGAUAGGAUUUAGUUUGGGCGCCCAUGUGGCCGGAUUCGCCGGUGCUGAGCUAGGGAAUGUGUCUAGAAUAACAGGAUUAGAUCCCGCAGGACCACUUUUCGAGUCGCAGGAUCCGAGGGUUCGUCUGGAUGCGACGGAUGCAAAUUUCGUAGAUGUUAUUCACAGCAACGGCGAGCAGCUCAUCUUGGGCGGACUUGGUUCUUGGCAGCCCAUGGGCGACGUGGAUUAUUAUCCGAAUGGCGGAAAAGUGCAAAGUGGAUGCUCAAACAUCUUCCUUGGCGCUGUUUCUGACAUCAUCUGGUCGAGCGCGGUCGAAGGAAAAUCGCUGUGCAAUCAUCGGCGAGCGUAUAAGUUCUUCACCGAUUCCGUUAGCCCGAAAUGCCAAUUUCCGGCCUUUCCUUGCAAUGAAGGCUAUGAGGGUCUGUUGAAGGGCGAAUGUUUUCCCUGCAGCAAGAACAGCAUAGAUCGAUCAUGCGGCAAUAUGGGUUAUUACAGCAACGAAUCGUCCGCCAGGGGAAAGCUAUACUUGAUGACCCGAGAAGAAGAGCCCUUUUGCGCUCAUCAGUAUCAGAUCAAGGUAUAUAACAGUCGCAACGAAAGGUCCGUCAAGAGCUACGGCAAGCUUCAGGUCAUGCUUGUUGGAAAAGGCUCUUACAAUGAUACGUUCGCGAUGACACGCAAGGACGAAGAACUUUUGGUAGGAGCCAUUUUACAGAAAAUCGUUGUGCCGCAUCCUGCGGUCACUAAUCUUGAAGGAAUCGAAAUCAAGUACACGGCGUAUAGUGGCUGGAUAUCAUCUGGCUUAGUCUCCUGGACCAUCGAUAAAGUGGCUAUUAUUGACAGUUUUGGCAAGACUCUAUCGGUUUGUCAAAAGGACUUGAUUUUGGAAUCUGAUCGUCCAAUCUAUCUCCCACUUUACCCAGGCGAAUGCAACAUUCCUUUGGACACUGACAAUUCCACCGUACCCUCGGUAUUGCCACUCGAACGCGUAGCGGUUGAGGAGAAGCAGCAGCAACCGGGCAGCAUAGGACCCUUUACGAAGGAGCAAAAUUAUGAGACGAAGGACUCCGGAUACUCCGUAUCCGAUAUCCUCUCAACGGACAGAAUACCGCAGAGGAAAAGUCUCGGUCCGUUUACGAAGGAGCAAAAUCUGCGCGUCGUCGAGUCGAUGCCUUUCGCAGAGGAUGCGGAGAAGCGGCGCAACAUGGCGAGUCCGUGGACCGUGCUGGAUAUAUCGAAUGACGGCGAUUCGAAUUCAUUGGAGAAUGCUGAUUUGGAGCACGGACGAAGUUUCUCCGGCGCCAACCUGAUCUAUCACACUUCAACGGCGGUGCAGCGUGCCGCUGAGACUAACGUCACUUCUCCCGCCACUACCAGUACCACUACCACUACUACAGAGUUCUUGCCGGAGAUCAGGGAACCGGUACUACGUCCGAGCAAGAAGGAAACUGGCCGGUCGCUGAAGUUGCCCGAAAUCACGGAACCGAUCCUGCGUCCGCGCGCCACCAGGCAUAAUACGCGAAACGAAGCGGUGCCGCAACAGUACGACAGUCAGCAUGAUGAGAUACAGGAAACAUCGUCCACCUCUACCAGAUCAUUCACCGUGCAAUUCUUGCCCGAAAGAAUUGCGAACAUCAUAGCGCAUGCCGAACAAUAUGCUCGGCAGACCAUAUGGCCUUUCAUCUCACAGUAUACGCCGAGCUUCAUGACCGGUAUGCGGUCUCACGAAGAACCCAAAUAUUUUCCCCUUCUUGGUGACAUAGCGCAACCGAAGAAUACCGACGCUUCCGUCGAGAUCGACAAGACGACCGAUCGGCAGUCGAAUAGUGACCAACUCUCGCGAAGAGACAUCAACCAGCGUAAAUCCGGCGAAUCGCUCAGCCUUGUCGAAGACGGGAGGCGUCACGAGGAAUUCAAGUCGAGGUCGCAAAUGGAGAAUGGCGAAAACGUAAGUAAUGAGUAUAGCGUGUCGAAAGCCGGAGCGCCGCCGGUAAUAAUCGAGGCUGUGUAUCCGGAGAAAGUAGCGGACGCUAAUUUCACCGAUCCAUCGGAGACGAAAGCGACCGAGAUUCAUCGCGAGGACGGCGAUUGGUGGCCGAUCGAUGAGUCGGCGAUCCCCUCGAAGAAGGCUCCUUCGCGAAGAGACUCGAAUGUCUCGCGUUCGUUGGACUGGUCGAUGGGCCAUAGCCGUGACUGGACCUUUUCGGCGGACGCGAAUUCAAAAGCAAAAGGCAAACUUGACGACGAUUGGAUACCGAUCACAUUCAAGAAUAACGCUGAAAUAUCGACGACUGCGCGUGGAACGACGUUAAAUGAAGAAAUAGCGAAAAAGGAGACCGAUGCCAUCGAUAAUUCGCGGAAAUCUGCCCAAGAUAUAAUGUCCGACGAGACCAAAGAGGAAACCACGACUGCCACAAGCACAUACGAGAGGAAAUUUAUACCUCUGCUUGAUUUCGAAGAGACGACCGGUGAUUUGUUCUCGUCGACAAAUUCUAACGAUAUCCCAGAGCCCACGACGACUGCUUCGCAUAUCCAGAAAAUUCCAAGACACGAGCAAGCAACUAUGAAGAGUGUCGGGAUGAUGACGAAAUCCACCAUGAUGUUCCCAUACGUUUACGAGCGAAGAAAUGAUCCUAGGACGAGAUAUAUACCGUUGAUCCCGGAAGAAGAUAUGGGCAAGCCUUAUCCGUUGAUGGAAAGGGAUCGUUAACAUUAUAUAGGCGAUGCAAAUUCAUUGGAAAAUAAAACUCGAAAGAUUUUUCAAUGUCAAAACGUUCGCAAAACGUGGAUUUUUUAUUUUAUCUUCUAACGUGUAUUAUUUGAUAUUAUUCCAAUAAUUUCGAUAACGUAUAUCAUUUGAUAUUAUUCCGAUAAUUUCUUGUUUCUUUUCGAUAAAUUAAAUAAUUUUGUAUUAAUUUUAUUAAAUUGUUUCGUCGUUGCUUAUUAUAUAAAUAAGAAUAUAAGCAUUAAAAACUUAAGAGGUUGUUGGCGCUCCAUCGAAGAAGGAAAGAUUAUUCUUGGCAUUAUUUUAAUCAGAUGAGAAUAUUUGCAUAUAAUAUCUCUAGUAUUUUUAAAAACAGAUACCAUGCGUUGCUCCUUUGUGAAUAGAAUCGUGAAUGCAUGCUGUUAUUUUCAAAUAAAAUAAGUAUAGAUUUGAUCAAAAUUAUUUUUCAAAAUUAAAGCCACCGCAAGAGUGCUCAUCUGUCAAUGUGAUUUUAGACGGAAAUGAUAUAUAUUCCCCAAUUUCAAUGGAAUUUAUUACAAAUAAAAUUUUGUCGCUAUACUAUUAUUAAUAGCCUACAUUUAGAGGGAGAAAGAGAAAUAUCUCUAGUGUAAAAUCAAUAACAAAUCUAUUCCUAUUCUUUCUUAGUUUUUGCCUCAAAAUUAAAUGCGCGAUUUCCUGAUAAUACUAAGGCAUCGGAUAUAGAAAAAUACAAGAAAGAUGAGAUCUCACAUAUGAUUUUUAGCAAAGAGAAAUAUGUUCGCGCGCCUUUUAUAAUACUUUCCGUGUCAUCUUGCCGAUAUUAAACUAAUGCCUUUUUUUACACGAUUAUAAAUAAUGUUAUGAAAAUUACGGAAAGAACGCGAAACUUUUUCUUUAGUUAUUAGAAUCGUUAAAAGCUUAAUGGUUUCAGAAAAAAAGUUUUAAUAAGUUUUUCUCUUUUGGUAAAAAUUGGGAACCCUUAACUUUAUUACUUUCCUAUAUAUA